AUGCCGAGAAUAAUCUAUGUCGAUGAUGAUCCUGUUGCUCCGUACAACAAUCCCUUGAUUGGAUCUUUAAAUCAACAACAUCACUUGGGAUCCAACAUGACUUCUCCAGCGGCAUUGAGCUCUCCCUCCGAUGCAGUAAAUCUUUCUGAAUUAUCAUUACCAUCAUCAUUGAACAUUAGUCAUCAUCAUGAGGAGAGUAAUGAUGAUAUAAAAAUCAUUCGAUACCUACGUAAAAGACCUCUACGAACUGUUGAAAUUUAUGCAUUUGGAGAAGAGGAAUUUAUUUCCGAGUUUGUUCAUCCGAUUGGAAGGACAUUCAAGGAGGAAUAUGAUGAGCCUUGGUAUCUUGUAAAUUCUACUCAGAGCUGUAAUCGAAUUAAUUGCUUAAGCAAAGGAGGAGCGUUGUAUAAUAACUUAUCUGAUAAUUUCGAAAGCAAAUUGAAAUUAAUGAAAUGUAAAUCUUUGAAUAUGGAUGAGAAUGUGGAAAAGAUAUUUUCAGGAUCUUGGCAUUCACUAUUUAUUACAAAUAGAAAUAGAAUAUUUUGUUUAGGAAAAAACAGUGACAGUCAAUUAAAUCUUCAACAAAAACCAGCAUUUAUUGACUCGAGACAUCAAUUUCUAAGAUUUGAUUUCGAUGAGCCCAUUAAAGACGUUUCCUGUGGAAAACGAAGUACAAUGAUUCUCACAAAGAAGGGAGAAGUUUAUGGAGUUGGAUACAAUUUCUACGGAAUGCUCGCACCCGUCACACACGAGACAAAUAGAGAUUGGAGUCGAGUGAAUAUUCUAACAAAAACAAAUAUUGAUCAACCGGUGCGAAAAAUUUCGUGUGGAAGCUAUCACACAAUAAUGUUGACACGGUCCAAUGAGGUAUUUUCUUGUGGCGACAAUGCAUACGGAGCAUUGGGUUUGAAUGACCAAGACAACAGAAGAAUUCCAACCAAGGUUGCCUUCUUUGAUUCUCUCAAUCACUUUGGAGAUUACGUACAGCAUGUAUCAUGUGGAGAGCUGCACACCUUGUUCCUAACACGAAGAGGAUUUGUUUAUGCUGCAGGGAGAAAUUAUUACGGGCAAUUAGGCCUGGCUGAUAAUGAAUCCAGACUCGCUCCAACUCUUGUCAAUCCAGAAUAUUUCUCCAAGGAGAAAAUAAUAUCGAUCGCUUGUGGUUGGAAUCAUUCCAUUUUUUUGACAUUUAACAAUAAGGCAGCCGUGUCUGGUCGAAACAAGCAUGGUCAACUCGGAACUGGAAAUUUCACAGACAGAAACAAGCCAACAUUCAUUGAAAUACCCAACGAACAGAUCACAGAAAUUCAUGCUGGAAGAGCGAACAGUGUUUUUCAAACCCGAACUGGUCAACUUUAUUAUACAGGUUCGAGUUACUUUUGCAAACAACAACCUGUGGACGUGAAUGUUCCAACCAAAAUAUCUUUACCUCUUUCAUUUGUUGAAUUUCCAUCAUUUUCAUUUCAGGUAUUUUGCAGUGCCCAAUGUCGAUACAUUUAUUUACUGAAGAAUGAGAGAAAAAGAUUGUUGUGGUUCUUUCAUAGAAUGAAACGGAGAAGUAUCACUGACUUUUAUUCAGAUAUUUCAAUAGUGACCUUACAACCCAAGAAAAUUCUAUGA